AUGAAGAUUACUGCCAUUAUUGCUACAGCCUUGGUUCUACCCAGCUACGGAUUCGUUGUCCCAUCUACUACCCCUCGCACCAACAGCUUCCUUGCCAUCUCCUACCUUGAUGAAUUGGAACUUUCCUCCCCAGCCGCAGAGGCAACCCGCCCCAUGACUAAUUUCCCUAACGAAGAUGCUGAGACCAUUGCUCUCGCCAACCAACUAGGUAUUGAUGACAAUGUUGUUCGCAACGAAUACGGAAGAUGGUUGGCCCGUUACAACAAGAACUUUGACAUCACCCGUUAUUCCCAAUUCAAGAAGAACUGGUUGCAACAAUUCUCUCAUGACGUCAAGUACGGAAAAUUCUACACUCUCAAUGAAUUCGGAGACUGUUCAGAAGAGGAAUACCGUCAAAUGAUGAGCAAGAUGGAGACUCCAGCAGUUGUAACACCAGCUGCUGAAGCAACAAUCACAAAGAAGGCCAAGAAGACUCGAGGACCAUCCACGCAACCAAAGCCAGCUUUUGUUAUGGCAGUCAAUUCCUGCACCAACCUUUUCAAGAAGAACAUCGCCAAGUUCGUAGACAUUAGCGGGGGGUUCCGCAAUCUUUCUGAAUUGGGGGUUUCCUACAAGAAGGGAAAGAAGAACUAG